GUCUACACAUUCCUGUCCUUUGGCAUUACAGAGGGCUAUAUCCUCUCAGUGAUGGCCUAUGACCGCUAUGUUGCCAUUCGAGAUCCCUUAAGGUACUCAAUCACAAUGACCUGGGGUAUUUGCAGGAGGCUGGCUGCUGGGUCAUGGUUAGGUGACUUUUUGGCAUCUUCAGUGGACACAGUAACCACAUUCCAGCUCUCCUUCUGCCAGGAUAAUGUUAUCAAUCAUUUCUUGUGUGAAAUGCCUGCCCUACUGCAUCUCUCUUGUACUGACACAACCCAAGCAGAGUUGGUCAUGCAGGUGCUCUGUAUCUUUACUCUUUUGUGCCCUAUCACAUUCGUCAUCCUUUCCUAUGCACACAUCAUCAUUGCUGUUAUCAGAAUUCGCUCUGCCCAGGGACGCAGGAAAGCCUUCUCUACUUGUUCUUCCCACCUUCUGGUUGUCACCCUAUUUUGUGGGACUGUAAUGUCUCUUUACAUGAAGCCUCAGUCUCUAUCUUCUCCAGAAUACAAUAAGAUUGUUUCUGUGUUUUAUGUGGCUUUCACACCUAUCCUCAACCCUCUCAUGUAUAGCUUCAGGAAUAAGGAGGUGAAAAUGGCCCUGAGAAAGCUUUUGGGGAAACCUGAAGGUGCUUAA